GGAACCUUUGAUGUGAUGCUUGAUAUUUUUGUGUUUUUUAGAGCCUUGGUUUACAGUAUGUGAACUCUUACUGUAUCUCUUUUGUAUCUCUGCUCUUAAACAAUAAUAAUCUACUAAAUAUCAUAUAUCAUAGGGUUUCAGACUAACACACAUUUAUGCUUGGUGAGGAGUACAUGGAAUCAUAGAGACUUCUGAUGUUAAAUUUAAACUUCCAGGAGCAUUAACAGCCCUGUUUAGUCUGCUUUAAUCCAGCCAUAGUUUGUUUUCUGAGAAAGUCUGGUUUGAUUGAGGAUGCUUAAUCAACAUCUGAUACAGACCAAAAAAGCAAACUCUGGUCCGUCUACAAACCUCGGCCCCAGUUUGAAGUGAACUUGGGUGCGAACGCUAAUUGGACAGGAGAUCACUCCAAAAGCAGGAAGCAUACUGUAGUGCAGGGCAUGUGAGUAAAUGCAACCAAAAAAACACAAAUCUAUCUAGUGGGAGAAAUGGCUGUGGGCUUUUGCCAAAGACAAAAGAGAAAUCUCUAACCACUAAAAUCUCAUUUGUUUACAUACAGCAGACAUGAGGCUGGGGUCAAAGUUCACCGUCGAGCUUUACAGAUACUUUAUCUUUUCUGUUUCAUAAAAUACAUAUAGGGUUAGGGCUAGAUUUUUGUCAACCAAAACUUCUAUUUUCUCUUUUUUCUUUUAGAAAGUCUGAAUCUCUGUGUUUGACAGGAAUUUAGCAGCAACAGAAAUUAUUUUUUUUUUUGGUCUAACUGAGCAAGAGCAAGUGAGAUUAACGGGAGUAAAAUGGUUAAAUAAGCUCUCUAUUUCAUCCAAGUGUCAAGCUUGUUAAAAAGAUGGAGUAGGAAAAGGAAAAAAAAUAAAGUGCUAAAGAAAAAUAUGUCAGGUGAAGCAAAACUGAGUAAAAACAAAGAGCAAGAAUCAUACAAUGAUGUCGCUGCGAUGAAACUAUCAACAUUAUCCUGGCAGCCGGAUUGCUGCGGUGCUGCAGGCGCGAUGUGACUUCCUGUUUGUUGCUGCAUAGAGGAAGUAAGAGGCCCCUCGAGGAUGGUCUGAAGUGUGAAGCAGAUUUGUGAGUAUUUUUGUUUGGUGGAACAAGAUGAUUCAAGCGUGAAAAUGGAUGCAUAUGCAUUAAGCUAACAUGUGUGAGUUCUUGCUAACUUCUUCAUUUUGUUUUUGGCAUUAAAUAAAAAGCCAAAGUCAGAAACUUUAUCUUUUUACUUGCUUUUGUUCUUUUCAAAUUGUCUAAGAAGUAAGUUCUAAAGGCUUGAUUUAGAAGUUAAAAACCAGAGAGAAUUGGGAUGGGGCACUAGCUAUCUGGGAUUUGUUUGGUCAUGUGAUUGUGAUAGUAAUGUAGCAUGGGAUUGUGGGAUAUUUUACUGAAGCAGAGCAGCAUCAUCUGCAGUGUAGUCAUUUUCUAAAGAUGUUGAAAGAGUAAUAAAAUAACUAUAAUGGUAAAUAUAGGUUAUCAACCACAGAUAAAAUAAUAAUAUAGGUUUUGGCCUAGAUUUUCAUAUAAUUUUAUUUUUGUUGCAAUAAAUACCAGAACUUAUUUUUAGAAAGUUUUUUUGUCCCCAUCAACCAGCCGUAGUGUGACGGUCUCAGGCUCUUCCAGGACUGAGGAGCAGCAAUGGAUUUUGCCAGUUGGAGGAUUUCUCUUUUGUUUUUGGCUAAACACCAGGAGCCAUUUCUCCCCCUAGUGCUAACUUAGUGUAUUUGUUUUGGUUGUAUUUACCCAGAAUGUCCUGUGCUGUACUCCACUUCCUGCUUCUGGAGCGGUCUCCGGUACCCUUAGUGUUCACAUACGCAUUCAAACCGAACCAGAGUUCACUUCAACCAAAACCAGACCAAGAUUUUUAGGCAGAUCGGUCUUUCUUUUUUUUGAUCCGCAUCGGAGUUCGAUUUACAUUCACACGUACCCAAACAAACCAAACUUUCUAGACAAAUUAGAGUUGGAUAAAAGCGGAAUAAAAAUAUAAGACUCUAGUUUCCAGCUAUCACAGAGCUUGACUUGUCGCAGCAACUAUGACACAACCAGUCAGAAGCUUUAGGGAACAAUUGCUGUUUCACACAGUCAAGUUGGUUUAAAUUGCUCUUUUACUUCAUUUAACGAAAUCAUCCAUCCAUCCAUUUUAUUACAUCCUUAUCCCAUUGAGGUCAGGAGGGGUGCUGGUGUCUAUCUCCAGUUGUUAACAGAGGAGAGGCGGGGUUCACCCUGGACAGGUCGCCAGACCAUCACAGUUUGAGGAAUCCAACGCAGAAAGAGACCAGCUAAGAGCAGAAGAUGCCAGCCCCGCCUCCGCCCCCACCCCCAGGGCCACCGCCGCCUCCCACUCUGGCUCUGGCCAACACAGAAAAGCCGACACUGAGCCGAACUCAGCAGCAGGGACGCGGCGCUCUUCUGUCCGACAUUUGCAAAGGCACCAGACUAAAGAAAGCCGUCACAAAUGACCGCAGUGAACCCAUUUUCGACAAACCCAAAGGAGGAGGUGGAGGCAGUGGUGGAGGCAGUGGUGGAGGUGGUGGUGUGGGUGGGGGUUUUGGUGGUGGGUCUCCUGCUGGUUUAGGAGGCCUCUUUGCAGGAGGGAUGCCAAAACUGAGGUCUGCCACAAACAGAGACAAUGACUCAGGCCCCAGUCGUGGGCCUGUUCUUCCUCCAGGUUCCCGUUCCGGUGGACCCAGCCCUUUCGGCAGUGGUGGCAGUCCAUCCGGACCACCUAAGCUGCCAGGUAUCCCUGCUGUGCCUCGUGGCGGUGCCCCUGAUCUCCCAAAGGGCCGUCCUAAUUUCUCGUCCAGACAGGACACUUCAGGUGGACCGCCUCCUCCAGUACCCAACACCCCUAGGCCACCCCAGAGCCUCCCGUCCCGUGGGGGGCCCUCUCCGCCAUCGCUCCCUUUAGGACCGAGGCCCAGUCACGCCAGCUCCCCAGUGCCGCCCAGUGUUCCACCAGGGAGGCAUGGGUCUCUUCCUCCCCCGCCCCCAUCAGGGGGCUCCUCCGGUGGCCCACGGUCGAGCUUCUCCGUGCCCCCUCCUCCACCUUCAAACAGCAGCCGACCUCCCUUACCUCCAGCUCCAGGAGGGAGGCCUCCGCUUCCUGACGACCGACCACCGCCACCUCCGGCUCCUGUAGGAGGUCACCGACCAUCGAUGCCCCGCGAUAUGCCCCCUCCUCCCCCGUCCGUCAACUCCAAACCUUCUGCAUCACCUUCCUCAACGGGUCGCUCCCCAGCUGGAAGUGGUGUGCCCCCUCUGCCUCCGGGACGACCAGGCCCGCCUCCGAUCCUACCUAGCCAAGGAGGAGAGGACCAAAACACACCCCGCCUGCCCCAGAGGAACAGCUCACUCAACAGCCACACUCCAGCACCCCCUUCUGGUCGAUCAGGACCUCUCCCUCCUCCUCCAAAUGAGAGACCGCCAUCUGUUGGAAGAAACCAGUCGUCACCUCGCACAGGUCCUCUUCCUCCACCACCUCCUUCAGGUCGCAGCAUGGGCGGAGGCAGCUUAACCCAAGCUGCCCCGCCUAUCGGUCGGCCGGGCCCGGAGCCUCCUCGUGGAGGCAGUAGGCCCCCCCUGCCACCAGACAGGCCCGUUGGGGGACUACCACCUCCACCACCGAUGGGGAACGGCUUCCAAAACUCUCACCACAACCAAAUGCAAGAUGACUUUGAGUACAGGUUCACCUUUCAUCCCAUUUCGGACCUUCCUCCACCCGAACCCUAUGUGCCCUCACAGAAAACCUACCCCAGUAAGAUCUCUAAGACUGAGAGCAAAGGUUCUGGUAAAAAAGAGCGAGGAGCUCCUCCCCUCCCCCCUAUACCCAGGUGAAGUAAAGAUGGCUGCCUCCACAACACUGGGACCUACCACCUUUUCUUCAGAUCUCUCUCUUUCUCAGUUUACCAGAAGUCCUCAUGUGAGGACCACAAGGGGGCAGGGCUCCAGGAAUUCAAAUAAAAGCACAGUGGAGUUCACGCCAUGUGCCUCUGUAGUAGAGAAAUGAUGACCUGGAAACUCUUUAUAUCAUAGUACAUUUAUGCUCUGGGGAAAAUUAUUUGUUUUGUGUUUUUUUUUUCUUUUUUACAUUUACAAUCAUGCUGUUCCUAGAAGGCUUGAUUGAUUUUGAUACUUAAAUUCUGUUUUUGUAUGAUUCUAUUUCCUCUGUUUUCCGUCGAUUCCAUAAGUGAGUUUUAGAUUUUUAUAAACAAGCCAAACGUUUUGAGGAGAAUAUGAACGCUGCGUCUUUCUGUUCUGAUUGUAAAUAUAAAGGUAAAUAUGUCCAGGUGGCUUUUUUUUUUAAUUGAUAAAUCCAUUGUGGUACAUCACCCACCCUUCCCUUUCCCCAUUCACUUUGCUUGAAAUGGUAAAUGAAAGGUGGCAACUGUGUGAACGCUUCAGGAAAUCAAUCAAGGUGCCUUGGAUUCAGACAAAGACAAAGUUUAAAUGAUCUCGGCCUCCCUGUGUUGCCAAAGCCACAUUUGCCUCUACAGCAUGAAUGUAGACUUAGCGUUUUUCACCAGUUUGUUUUGUGCUACAACCACUGGAGCGGUACGUUUUGAGUUUGCGAGGAUGCUUGAUGUGUUUUCAUGGACGUUUCUGCAGAGUUUUACAUCAUGAGUGAAAAAUUUAACUGAAUAUUGUUUUGUUAAAUUCUCUUGAUGCACAGCAAAGAGUCUGUAUGUAUCUGUGAUGUAAUCAGCCAAUACUGAACUAUGGAUAAGUUAAGUUUGCAGUAUUAUGUUUGCUAUAAUGUUCUGCUUUGUUUUGUUUUAAAGAAAUGUUUUCAGUGAGGCUAUCAUAUGAAAGGAAACUAUUUGCAUUUAAAAUGCUGUACUUAAGCUUACUUUAGGUGAUAAAGGGGAGCGCUUUUAUUGAAUCAUACACCAAUAUUCCUGAACAAUUACUGUUACCAGAUAAACCGUAUUAUUCAUUUACAUAAAUGUACAAUAAAAUGGACAAAUGUA